AUGGGGAGACAAGCGACGCCGGCCUGCCAGGGGGCGCUCUCCACAAGUAGCUCCACGCCGGGCGCCUCGCGAUACGUCACACGCGCUGCUACGUCACUGGCUGCGCCUCGCGCUCCGCUCACGCUGCCGCCAAGCCUCAGAAUGGGUCACGGCCGUCCCGGGGCCCCGCGACCUGUCGCCGUGAGUGAUCCCCGGUGCCGCGGUCCCUCCCCGCGGGGGUCCGGUCCGGAUGGCGGGGCCUGGCCCGGCUUCGGGGGGCUGGGACGGGAACGGGGCUGGGGCUGGGCGGCGCCGGCGGGAGCUGCCCUCCUCUCGGAGCCCUCUCGUCGCUGUCCAUGCCUGGGCACUCCUCGGCCCGCGGCGGGGGUUGGCCUCACCGCCGGCGUCGUGGCCUUGUUCCGUCAGGUUCAACGCACCGGCGGCAGCAGCGCCGUCAGCAAGUGCUCGGCGGCGGCGCGGGGCUACAUCCACGACCGGUUCCUGCCGUUCCUGGUAGGUCGACAGCGACGGCGAGCCCCUCUAGUCCACCGAGGUUAUUACAUCCGUGCCCGUGCUGUGGAUCACUGCAUCCAGGACUUCCUGCUGAGGACCUGCAGACACCCGAGGACCCAGAUCCUGUCCCUAGGUGCUGGCUUUGACUCUCUGUACUUCCGCCUGAAGGACCUGGGUUUGCUGUCCCACACUGUGGUGUAUGAGGUGGACUUCCCCAGCGUGGUGUCCCAAAAAGCUGCUCUGAUCAGAGAAGUGGAGGAGCUGUUGGCACUGGUGGGAGAUGCUGGAGGAGAGCCAGGUAUGGGCCAUAACCACUCUGGACAAUCUGUUCUAGUGUCUCCCCAUCCUCAUGGGGUCAUGCCCUUGUCUGCAGGGGAUUACAAACUGCUGGGAGCAGAUCUGUCACAGCUGCCUGAGCUGGAGAGAGCCCUGGAGCAAGCAGGGAUGGACAGGGAGGUCCCCACCCUCUUCAUCGCAGAGGUGGUACUCGCCUACAUGGAGAGCAGCAGGUCGGAUGCGCUGCUGUGCUGGGCUGCUGAGCACUUUCUCUGCGCCGGGUUCCUGCUAUACGAGCAGCUGGGCCCCCAGGACCCCUUUGGCCGCGUCAUGCAGCAGCACUUCGCCCGCCAGGGCUCUGCCCUUCGCUCCCUGGCGCAGUACCCAGACUGUGGGGCGCAGUGCAGCCGCUUCUUGGCACGGGGCUGGAGUGAGUGCAGCACCAUGGACAUGAACCAGUUCUUUACCUGCUGCACCCCAGAGCAUGAGCAGCAGAGGGUGCAGGCUCUGGAGCCCUUCGAUGAGUAUGAGGAGUGGCACUUGAAGUGUUCUCAUUACUUUGUCCUGGCUGCUUCCAAGGGGAUGGAACCUCCCUGGACUCCGUUGGUGCCCAGCAGGACAGCUCCUGGCGGCUGUGGUCCCAUCCUGGCUGGCACUGUCCCUGCAGCCUGUGCCAUGAACUCUGCCGUGCCUGGCCUGAGGCGCUUCGGACACCGCUCCGUGCUGGUGCAGCCUGGCGUGGUGCUGACCACAGGGGGCUUCGGGCAGGAGGAGGGGCAGCACCGCCGUGCCAGGAGCUGCCAGGUGCUGCUGAGGUGUGGAGGGCGCUGGGCAGCAGGGAGCGUGAGCAUGCAGAGCAGUAGAUGGGACGGGCGGCUGUACCACACCAUCAGCUGUGUCUCCAGGGGUCUGGCCCUGGUGGUGGGAGGCCGAACAUCCCCAUCCAGUGCCAGCCUGGGAAUGCUGUGGCUGAAGUUCCCUGAGAGCUGCAGUGCCUGGGACCCAGCUGACAUCAGCGUGGAGCUGGUGAGCCUGCAGCCUGCUGUGGAGGCAGCUGCUCUGCGCUGGAGGCACAGUGCGACCCAAGUGACCUUCCAAGGUCAGCAGUACCUGUUCCUGUUCGGCGGCCGCUCUGCCACACAGCCUGUGCUGGGGGACUGGCACUUCCUGCACACCCAGGAGCUGUCCUGCUCUGUGAUCCCGGUGGAGGGUCCAGCCCCAGAAGGCCGCCACUCCCACAGUGCCUGCAGCUGGAAGGGAGGGGUGCUGGUGGCAGGGGGCCUGGGAGCAGCUGAGCAGCCCCUGGGCUCCCUUUGCUUUCUGGAGCAGCUGGAGGGUGGCUUUCAGUGGCAGGUGCUGGAGACGAGGCCUCAUCUGGUGCCACGGUACUCACACACAGCCCAUGUGCACCAUGGGAGGCUGCUGCUGGUGGGGGGAGUGUGGCUGUGCUUGUCCCCGGCGCCGGGCGUCACUGUCGUGGACUUGGCGACUGGGCUGAGCCUGGACUACGCCAUCGGCACGGAGCACCUGGAAUGGCCACUGAUGCUGCACAACCACAGCAGUGUCCUUCUGCCAGAGGAGGAGGAGCUGCUGCUCAUCGGUGGUGGUGGGAACUGCUUCUCCUUUGGGACACACCUGAAUCCAGAGCCUGUCUCCUUAAGCCUCAGGCACAUCCUGGCCAGCCACUGA